AUUACCCUUAAUGACACAUUUUUAGUAGUAUUAAAUGCUUGAUUUGAGGGAAAAGCAUUGACUUGAUGUGAUCAUUGCUUCCUUCUUGAAUCAUUGGUACUGUGAGGUUUUGAUUUAUCUGGGAAAUCUAGAGCAAACGCGGAAAGGUUAAGAGGGUGGAAUAUAUAACAAAAAGAAAAUUAGUGAACAUGAAACUGAUGUAGAACAAUAAACUUGAAAAUAAAUCCGUUCUUGUGGACAAACAAAAUCCCUACACAAACUUAAGACCAUCCCCUCCCACAUAUCCACGAGUAAAUUUAAUCAAUGCUCACCCAAAUUCAAUUUAUAUUACUACUUGCUCACCGAAUUAUAAAAUAUAACCCAUUGCUCGCCCAUCUAUCUAAACACUUACCCAUCCAUCACCCAUUUAAACUCCGUCAACUUCAAUUAACAGGAUGUGCCACGUGUUGGAUGGAAAUUUGACGUGGCUCAUAAAAGACAUUAAAUCUGCGCAACUGGGAUUAAAAUUGUGAAAACCCGUUUUCUCUGAAGAAGCCUCAAAGAGGGGAAAAAAAGAAGAAGAAUUCUUCCCCAACUUGGAACCCUAGAAAUUGCUCCCAAAUUCCCAACUCCUCUGGCCUUGAAUUUCAUCUUAGAUUGUUUGUGUUUAAUGGUCUUUGCCAUUCUAUUCCUCCCACAGAUUGCCCACAUGGUGGCCAAGAGAAUUGACAACAAUUUCACGUAACCAAAAGUUGGUAUGAAAUAUUUGAAAAAUCAGAAUAUUUGAAAAAAGAAAAUCCCCCAGCAUUGGUAUGGAUUGCAAUAUCACUGUGGAAGAAACAAUAUUGGUGAUGGAUGAAGAAGAACCACCACAUGACCUGACCUUUGAAGAAGAGGAAUGGAUACCUCUCAAAUGUCAUUUGAAUGAUUCAGACGAUGAGGUUAAUGAUGAUGGGUUCCAAUUUGACACGAAUGCACCUGAACGUGUUGUGGUGGGAUUUAAUGCAGACCCAACGGUUGAAUUUGAGGUUGCAGGUAUAGAGGAGCUAGAAAAUGAUGAUGGUUAUUAUCCUAGUGAGGAAGAAUUGCAUACUGAUAAUUCUUCUAGUGAAGAGGAGAAUUAUAGCUUUCCUUUUUAUGACGUUGAAAAGGAAAAGUAUAACCCACAGUUAGAGGUUGGAAAGGAGUUCAAAAAUAUUGAGGAGUUUAAAGAAGCUGUUAGGAACCAUGGGGUCGCAACUAGGCACAAUUUUAAAUUUCGGCCGAAUGAUGGUGAGAGAGCACAGGCUAUAUGCAAAAAAGACAAUUGUAAAUUUAGGAUUUGGGCGUCUUUGAAUAAAGCGCUUGGUUGCGUGCAAAUAAAAUCUAAAAAUUCAGAGCACAGAUGCAUGAGGGACAGAACAAAUAGGCAUUGUACUGCUAGGUAUAUAGCAGAGAGGUAUUUGGAGACUUUUAAAGUAGAUCCUGAUUGGAAGACUAGACUGAUUAAGAAGGUUGUAAAGGAUGACUUGAAAUUGACAGUCAGCGAUGUUACUACUUGGCGGGCUAGAAGAUAUGCUCGGAUAUUAAUAGAGGGUUCCGAUCAACAUCAAUUUGGCUUGCUUAGAUCUUUUGCCGUUGAAAUAUUGCGAACCAAUCCCGGUUCUACAUGUAUCAUUGCCAUGAAUGCUGAAAAGUUUCAUGGAAUAUAUGUUUGUUUAGAAGCUUGCAAGCGUGGUUUCUUUGAAGGUUGUAGGCAGCUUUUAGGAUUAGAUGGUUGUUUCUUGAAAGGAACUUUUGAAGGUCAGAUGCUCGUGGCAGUGGUGUUAGAUGCGAACGACUGUAUUUAUCCAGUAGCGUAUGCUAUAGUGGAGAGAGAGAAUGCUACUACUUGGAGGUGGUUUAUUGGACAUCUUGGCGAAGAUUUGAAAAUUAUGAAUAGCAAUGAGUGGACUUUUAUGACCGAUAGACAAAAAGAUUUACAAAAUGUGAUAAAGGGUUUAUAUCCAAAGGUUGAACAUCGAUUUUGUGUCAGACACAUGUACACCAAUUUCUUUAGAGCUGAUUUUAAGAGUUUGACUCUGAAGGACUAUUUGUGGAGGGCUGCAAAGUCAACAACAAUUUCUAAUUGGAAGUUCUGGAUGGAUGAAAUUGAGAAGGUGAGCAAGGCUGCACAUGGUUGGUUAAUGAAGAGGCACUCUAGUGAGUGGAGUAAAGCUCACUUUUUGACAAAGGUGAAGAGUGAUAUAGUUCUGAAUAAUCUUUGUGAGGUAUUCAAUAAUGUGGUGUUGGGGGAUAGGGAGAAGUCCAUAUUGACCAUGUUAAUUGAUAUAUACGUAAGAUUCAUGAAAAUGAUACAAUCAAGAAGGGAUAAGAUGAGUAAAGCCGUAGGACCUUUAUGCCCUAAAAUAUAACGGAAACUAUUGAAGAGCAGUGAAAUGGCCGAGGGAUUCGAGGUGGAUUGGUCAGGGGGAGCACAAUCUUACGUGAAGUGUUCGAGUGGAGAAUACAUUGUCGAUCUGCCAAAUAGGACGUGUGCAUGCAGAAGAUGGGAUUUGACAGGAAUUCCUUGUGCUCGUGCAGUCGCCGCUAUUGUAGACAGAUAUGAUGAGCCUUGGAAGUACGUUCAUGAGUGCUAUAGAUUUGAUACCUACCUCAGUUGCUAUGAGAAUAUUAUUCAUCCUAUAAAUCGCUCAAAACUAUGGCCCUCAAGUGAUGCCCCACCAAUCAAACCGCCCAGUUGGUUUGUGCCCAAAAGGGGUAAAAAAAGAAGAGAAGGAGACAACAGGAAGAAGAUGUCAUCACCCGUUCAGGCUCAAAAGCAAAAAUGAAGAAACAGGGAUUUGUGCUUAUGACUUGUAGUGUCUGUGGAGGAAAGGGACACAACAAGCGAUACCAUCAGAGGCUUGAUGCACCACAAGAGGCAAAGCUAGUGCCUAGGAGAUCGAACACGACUUCAAGAAAUGAAGUUCAACCACCACGACCACAACCAUCUGAGUUUCAAUUCAUGCCAGCGCCUGGAUUAGUUGUAGCAAAUGCUACAGAAUAUGAUUGGAGUGAUCCUUCACUUGCUAAGCGAGGUUAUUUGGGAAUUGAAAAUAUCCCAAUCCAAAGAAAAUGCAAAUGAGAGGGCAGCAACCCAUGCAGCGAAUCAGUAGAACAAUAAUUUCUUUUUAGUACUUUAAAGUUAUGCCAUAUUUUGCAACAAACUAGUCGUGGUUGUAAUCAAAUGCUUAAUUUAGUGUUUGUGCUUUCAUUGUGGAAUGAAUGAAGGCUUUUUUGAUGUUGAUUGCAUUGUUGAGAUGUUCUUUGUUUCA